GGCGUUCUGUAAUACACUCACUGGGGGAACGAACAAGAUUUGUUUUUCUUCUCUUUUCUUUACUCCGGAGUGUAGUAGAUAAAGCAAAAGCUAUAUAUGCCUUCGAAGAAGAAGCAGUCGAGGACGCCAUCACGGCUAUCCAAUUCGGAACCGCCUGCGUCUCCCAAAACUCCGGCGUCUUCAACCACAAGUCGAGAUACUGAUUUCAUCAACGAAGAAGAACUUAGGCGCAGUAUUAAAGAAGCGUCAGCUGCGUUUCCUAGUCUUAUCGGGAAAUCUGCAACUAUUGGAAGAGUAGCCGAUGUUGCAGCAGAGUCUAUCAGAGGUUCUAAGAUUUGGCUAUCGGAAAGUUCGAUGGUCGCUGCUUCUCUCAGCCCUGGUUCCACUGUAUCGGUAUCACUUGCUUCUCCGGAGAGUAGAUUCACGAGCAACUUCCCACUCAGCUCGAUAAAAGCUGAAUAUGGAGAUGAUGACAACGAUUGUAGCAUUGCGGAUGAACCAGGGAACUAUUUUGUGCUCGCCACUGUUUUCUCUUCUUCAAAGGUUUUGAAGGAUGCUGUUCGUAUUUCAGUGAAUCUUUGCUAUGGGCUUGGUUGUCCUGUUUCAGGCAGGACUGUUUUUGUUUAUCCUAUUAGCGGACCUUCUUUAAGUGAUCAAUUCAACGGAUAUGUUGGAUCACAUGAUAAAGAUGUCAACCAGCUUUCACUGCUUGCCUGCAAAGAGUUGUGUUUGGAGUUGACUCCUUUCAGGAAUGUAUUACAAGCUAAAAGGGAUUUACUUUCUAAGGAGAAGCUUGAAAGUUCUUACGAGCAGAACGGAAAUGGGAAUUCAACUCCUAAGACACCAUCAAACUUGCUAAAGUAUAACUCUCCUCGCCCCAAAUCUCCAGCUUCACCAAUCACAGAUGACUCUGUUUUCAGUACCAAGCAGCAGUUUCCAUCUGAAAGUUCACUUGAUCUACGAGAGGUGUUGAGCAAUGAAAGUUCGAAAAAACUUCUGCAGAUUUGUGCAAGUUCGUGGCUUUACCCUUGUAGCCUGCUAUAUGGGAAUUUCGUUGCUGUGCCAAUUCUCUCAGAAAUCUUUAUAUUCUGUGUCAAAAGAGCUGAUAAAAUCCCUUCUGAUACAUCCUGUAGAAAUCGUGCUUUUAUGAUAAAUCAGGAAACUAAAAUCUACCUCCAUCAUACAUUGGACUUAGUAUCUCAAAUUCGAGAGAGAAGAUCUGCGCAAGGUCUGCGGUAUGAUGAAGACGAUGAAGGAGAAAAUGUGGGAUGUGAAAUCUCAAAGUUAGGUGGUCUCUCUAAAGAAUACGCAAUUUUAAGGGACAUAAUUGUUUCCUCGUCCACAAAGAAUUCCUUAUCAAGUCUUGGUUUGCGACCUACAAAGGGAGUGCUUAUUCAUGGACCUCCAGGCACAGGAAAAACAUCUUUGGCUCGGUCCUUCGCCCGUGAUUCUGGUGUCAACUUUUUCCCUGUGAAUGGACCUGAGAUUAUAAGCCAGUAUUUGGGCGAAAGUGAGAAAGCUUUAGAUGAGGUUUUCAGAUCUGCUAGCAAUGCUACACCUGCUGUGGUGUUCAUUGAUGACUUGGAUGCCAUUGCUCCUGCCCGGAAAGAAGGAGGUGAGGAAUUGUCUCAGAGGAUGGUAGCUACAUUACUGAAUUUAAUGGAUGGAAUAAGUAGGAGUGAUGGCGUUGUCGUAAUUGCUGCAACCAAUAGACCUGAUAGCAUUGAGCCUGCCCUUAGACGGCCUGGAAGACUUGACAGGGAAAUUGAAAUUGGUGUACCAUCUUCUGCACAACGGUCCGAUAUACUUCACACAAUUCUCCGUCGGAUGCAGCACUCAGUUUCAGACAUCCAGGUUGAACAGCUUGCUAUGGCAACACAUGGUUUUGUUGGUGCAGAUCUGUGUGCACUGUGUUGUGAGGCAGCCUUUGUUUGCUUGAGGCGGCAUCUUGAUCAGAGAUCCUCCUUUAGCAAUUUGCCUCUUGAAGAAGCACCUAUUGCUGAGUCCUCGACAAUUUUGUCAGACAUAUCAUCUGAGAACUCGGAUUCUGCAUCGUCAUGUAUCACUGUUUCAUCCACUACUUCAGGGGCUCCGCAUUCAUUGGGUUUAAAUGGGACAGUCUCCCUAGUAGCAGAUAAUCUUCAAAACAGUGGCAACUCUUGUUCUGAAGAGAUGCUUAGCAAAGAAAGAGAACAUACCCUAAGUGUAGGAUUUGAAGAUUUUGAAAAUGCUAAGACCAAAAUCAGACCUAGUGCCAUGCGAGAGGUGAUAUUAGAGGUUCCUAAAGUUAACUGGGAAGAUGUUGGUGGCCAAAACGAGGUGAAAAAUCAACUAAUGGAAGCAGUAGAAUGGCCUCAAAAACAUCAGGACGCAUUUAAGAGAAUAGGUACAAAGCCACCAAGUGGGAUACUGAUGUUCGGUCCUCCUGGAUGUAGCAAGACCCUUAUGGCACGUGCAGUAGCUUCUGAAGCCGGGCUCAAUUUCCUUGCUGUCAAAGGUCCAGAGCUAUUCAGCAAAUGGGUUGGUGAAUCAGAGAAGGCGGUGAGGUCCCUUUUUGCAAAGGCAAGAGCAAAUGCCCCCUCCAUUAUCUUUUUUGAUGAGAUAGAUAGUCUUGCCUCCAUUAGGGGGAAAGAAAAUGAUGGAGUUUCAGUUUCAGACAGAGUUAUGAGCCAACUUCUUGUGGAGCUCGAUGGUUUGCAUCAAAGAGUUGGUGUUACCGUCAUUGCUGCUACAAACCGACCAGACAAGAUCGAUUCUGCCCUACUAAGACCUGGACGAUUUGACCGCUUGUUAUAUGUUGGACCUCCUAAUGAAGCUGAUCGUGAAGCAAUACUCAAAAUCCAUUUGCGUAAAAUCCCAUGCAGUUCUGAUAUUUGUUUAAAGGAAAUUGCCUCCAUUACCAAAGGCUACACAGGAGCUGACAUAUCAUUGAUAUGCAGAGAAGCAGCUAUUGCUGCACUCGAAGAGAGUCUUGAAACGGAGGAAAUAAGCAUGCGACACUUAAAAACUGCUAUUGGCCAAAUCGAACCAACAGAGAUUCAGUCUUACAAAGCCCUGUCUGAAAAAUUCCAAAGACUUGUCCAUACAGAUCCACAAAGAGAUGAGGAGAAUACACGAUCAGGAAACAAAAGCCAACCUCUAUGGGCACCAUUAAAAUCUGCUGUGCUGUUUCUUCGUCGCCGCAUUGGUUUGUAAAGAAAAGUUGAUACGAGCAAACUUGCAAUUCUCCAUCAUUAACAUUCCGCUUGGUUAAAUUAUAUAUUGUUUUUGUUGGUCUCACACAAACUUGUACCGAAUCAACAGAACGAAUAACAUGAUGUAAAUAUUUGGAUGACUGGUUCUCAUGA